AUGUCGAUGUCGAUGCUUCCCAACAUGAACGCCACAGCCGGUGCUGCGGUAGACGGCGCCCUGUUUAUCGAAGUGGCCCAAAGAUGGCCUGUCGCUGCCACUGCCGUAUUUGCAUGUGCUGUCGCACUUUUGCUCCAGACAGUCCUGAAGAGCGAUCCAUGGGCAGAUAUCCCAAUGGUGGGAACAGAGUUUGGAGGAUCCGAGGCCCGACGAAAGCAGUUCAUGAAUGGCGAGGCCAGAAAUCUCUACCUUAAUGGAUACAGGAAGUUCAAAGAGAGAGCUUUCCGCAUCACCACCGCAAGGAAAUCGCCAAACAUUGUCGUCGCCCCCAAGUUUAUGAACGAGCUGAAGAAGCUUCCCGAUGACGUCUUAAGCUUCAACCGGGCUAUCGAAGAGUCAAUGCACGCGAAGUACACAGGUGUAGACACCGAUAUCGCCUUGCUUCCCCAUACCGUCAAGACUGCUUUGACACCAGCUUUGGUCCGAUUGAACCCGAUCAUCGCCGACGAAGUCGUCGAAGCUCUGCGAACAGAGCUCCCCCAAUCAUGCGACUGGACUGAGGUCAAGAUCAUGGAUAAGAUGAUGCGCGUCAUCGCCAUGGCAUCCGGGCGCGUCUUCAUCGGACCAGAGCUCUGUCGAAACGAGGAAUACCUCGACGCUGCGAUCAACUACACCCUCGAUCUGAUGAAGGCCGUUCGAAAGGUUGCUGAUAUUGCUCCAUGGCUGCGCCCCUUCUUGGCGGCGAGAACCCCGGAGGUCAAGAAGGUCCACUACCGAAUCGAGGAGGCCGACAGGUUCCUGAGACCUGUAGUAACAGCAAGGAAGGAGGCCGAGAAGAGCCCCGACUACCAGAAGCCAGAUGAUAUGCUCCAAUGGAUCAUGGAGUCGCAAAAGAAGUUUGGCGAGAAGAACGACAGAGAGCUCGCCAGGUACCAGUUGGGAGUCAGUUUCGCUGCCAUCCACACUACAACUGUCACCACGACCAACGCUCUCUACACACUAGCUGCUAUGCCUGAGUUGCUUCCCAUGCUUCGAGACGACAUACAGCAAGCGUUAGCCGAGAGCAACGGGGUCUUCACGAGCGGCGCCAUGCAGAACAUGAAGAAGCUAGACAGCUUCCUCAAAGAGACUAUGAGAUACUACGCGCUUGGGCCCACAUCAUUCCAGCGCAAGGUCCUCAAGACAUUCACCCUAUCAAACGGUCAGGUUAUUCCCGCCGGAUCCGUAGUCGAACUGCCUGUGAUCGGCAUCAACAACGACGACGAGAUCUUCCCCGAUUCCGAAAAGUUCGACGCCCUGAGAUUCUACAAGCUGCGUCAAGCCAAGACGGAACAGAACGCCGGCUCAAAACAGGCCGAGGUUGUGGCAAACGCCCAGUUCGUCAGCGUGGGACAGACCAGCUUGACCUUCGGAUACGGUCGUCACGCAUGCCCGGGUCGCUUCUUCGCUGUAAAUGAGAUCAAGAUGAUUAUGGCGACGACGCUGGCCAACUACGAUAUCAAGAACAUUGGAGGCAGCACGGAACGAUACAAGAACUUGGAAUUCGGCGCAAUAACUCAACCGGACCCCGACAGAAAGGUCUUGCUGAGGAAGCUUUAG